AUGGAUUUGCACAGUUAUCCUCGAGGGGAAAAUGGGAGGUUGGAACAAAUACUUAAUCAGUUUUUCUUGAAAAGCUUACACAUGAUAUUGGAUUCGAGGGUUCCUGCCAUUCGGCCAUCUAGUCGCUAUGGGGAAGUAAAAAAGAGUGAUAAAUGGUUCAAUUUGGUAUUAGGAGAUCGUCCUUCAGCCAUGGAUAACUUGAGUUUCUGGAAUCGAAGUUUUAUGGAACCCAUGGUUAUUGAUAUUAUACUCGUUCAAGAAUCACUGAAGUCUUCAUUGGAGCAUAGUUCAAUUACUACUUUAGGGUCGGAGAUGAUAACGGACACAGUUAUAGAGAGGUGGGUUAUUCAGCACGAGCAUCGAAGGUCAGUAGCUCAUCCAAUCAGCGAAGCCUUUUACAAGAAGACAUACAAGAAAUCAAUAUUACUCUUACGCUCCAUUUAUUCAAUGUUGAGACUCCUUCCGGCAUAUAAGGCUUUUCGUAAACGAGGUUCAAGUCAGAAUUGUGAUUUUGAUAUCAAUUACAAGGUCUGUACAUACGCUAUUCCAUUUUCAAGGGUGGAGGACGAGUUGAUGAAGAGACAUAAUUUCAUUCCAAUUGACACCCAACAAGGUGCCGUUUCUGUAUCUUUGACUUAUCGUAAAGAUCUGUCUGAUUUCAACCUGGAUGCUUUUGUAUCUUUUCCCUCAGAGAUCAUUACAGAUUAUGUUGGCAGCCCACUUACCGAGCCUAUCAGACCAUUCCCUACUUCAUCUGGGAAGGGUGUCUGUGCUACGUCCUUCCCCAUAAGAGGGAGUCAACCGACUUCUUCAUCUGCGUUUCAACGUCGGCACAGCUGGACAAGUGGGAUCCAUGGGGACUCUUCUUCACAAAAAAAUCAACUGUCUAGCGGAUCUCCUCCUCUAUACCGGUCACCAUACGAGUUCUCGUCUUCGCCUACUGACGUAUACAGCCAUAGGAUUCAAAACCAAAGAUCACCAGCUUAUCAGAAAGCAGCAAUUGAUGAUUUACUUUCUCCUCCUUUUUCGCCUUCUCCUUCCCCGUCUCCCCCUACAUACUUUUCUAGCGGGAAUCCCAUGCAUAGUCGUAUGCGUUCAGAAACUUCUCCCAUGAGUAUUCCACAUCCGAUGAUGGGAAGAAGUCCAAGAUAUCUUUCUCCUAAUCUGUCAGAUCCAAACAGGCAUUCUCUUCCGCCUCUAUCUCCUAGGAGUACAAAAAAUGAUCCUUCGUCCCAGGAGUCCUCAUCUGGAAUUAGAUCAAUAAGGAAAUCAGAUUCACUGAGGACUGGAGAGCCAAGUCCUGGGCUAACAAACCUCGGUCCAAGGGUGUCAAGAGAUACCAAAGAAGAUUCUGGACGGUUUUCAGGUCCUUUAUCUUCAAGUAGUUCUCCACGUGUUGGAUUCUCGAGAAGCUCCAGCAGAUUGUCUUUCCAGGAUGAUUUUGGCGAUGGUGAUUUCACCUAUCCAUUUAUUGUUGAUGACGUGGACCCUCCUGAUUUCCAAACCAGCCAGAAUCUUGAUGGGAAAAAUAAGUCCGAAGAUUCGUCCCAAGCAUCCUCUACUGCCAAAAGAUCUCAAGAUGCAGCUGUCGGUGUCCUUGUUCACAUGCUACAAACAGCUCCUCCUCUGCGCCCAACUAGUUCUUAUAUCAGUCAAUCCUCUAAGAAUGAAGUCGAGAGAGGAGUUGGAACUGCUUCUGAAUUUUUCAAGCCUCGAGAUACAACUGAUGCACUCGAGGAACUCAAGGCUUACAAAGAAAUGAGAGAUCAGCUAGUUUCCAAGAGCGCAGCUCGUACUUCCAUCAAAGAAAAAGAUUAG